GCAUUACUCUCACAUUCUCAACAUUAUUUUCUCCACUUAACAUAUCAAAAAAAUGGGAACAGGACACUCUCCUUGCGCCUCCUGCAAGCUGCUCCGGCGGCGAUGCACCAAGGACUGCACUUUCGCUCCGUACUUCCCUUCCGAUGAUCCCCAUAAGUUCGCCAUUGUUCACAAAGUGUUUGGUGCUAGCAACAUUAGCAAGAUGUUGCAGGAGCUUCCGAUUCAUCAGAGAGCAGAUGCAGUAAGCAGUCUGGUUUACGAAGCCAACGCAAGGGUCCGAGACCCGGUCUACGGAUGCGUAGGAGCGAUAUCAUACCUGCAAAACCAGGUGUCUCAGCUUCAAAUGCAGCUGGCAGUGGCUCAGACCGAGAUGCUCUGCAUCCAAAUGCAACAAGAGCAGCCUCCCCUGCUACCACCUUCCAUGGAACCCAUCAGCGCUCAUGAUCUUAUCGGCGACGACAAAUCGAGUUUUUACAGCAAUAACAUGAUGCCUCAGUAUCUCAACUACUCAUCCUCGAAUUCUACCAAUGUAAUCCAUGAUUCUCUCAAGAGAGAGUCUUUCUUUGGGCAUGACAUGCAUGUUUCUUAAUUAAUUUAAUUUAUCUAUGCUUCAAUGUUGUUAAUGACUACUUAAUUAUCAAAUUCAUUGUUUUUUCCACAGAGCAAAUAUGCAAAUAAAGUCGCGCGUUAUGUAUUAGUUUAAGACUUGUGUCUUAAGCACAUGACUCACACAUCUGAUAAAUGCAGUAUCUAAACGGAUACUCCCUCCGUCUUCUUUUAUA